GGCUAGAGAUAGAGUUAGGAGAAAUAUAAGGAAAAUUUCUGAUAGCAUGACUGAUUAUGCUUUUCAUCUCUAUGAUACUUCCUUGUUUGCCUUCUCUGUUUUUGAAACUCUUGAUUUGAAUGAACCUAAAACCUAUCAGGAAGCCCUUGCCUCUAAAGAAUCUAAAAAUUGGCUUAGUGCUAUGCGAAGUGAAAUAGAUUCCCUUAAGUUGAAUAAAACUUGGACCCUAGUCCCUAGGGCUCCUAAUUGUUCUGUUGUUGAGUGCAAAUGGCUUUUCAAAGUUAAGGAGGAACCUAAUGAUAUUAGGUUUAAGGCUAGGUUAGUUGCCAAAGGUUUCACUCAAAAAGAAGGGGUAGAUUAUGCUGAAAUUUUUGCUCCUGUAGUGAAGUUUACUACAAUUAGGUUGAUGCUUGCUCUAGUUGCCCAUAAUGACUGGGAAAUGAAGCAGAUGGAUGUUACCACUGCCUUUUUGCAUGGUGAACUUGAUAAGCAGAUUUUUAUGACCCAACCUGAGGGUUUUGUUGACCCUAAGUACCCUAGACAUGUCUGUCUGCUUAGGAAGGCCCUCUAUGGCCUAAAACAAUCACCUAGACAGUGGAACAUUAAAUUUGACAAAUGCAUGACUUCCUUGAGUUUCAAAAGGUCUGAUUCUGACCCUUGCAUGUAUUUUAAGAAUACUGACUCUGUACUUGUUUUCUUGUUGAUCUAUGUGGAUGAUAUGCUCAUUAUUAGCCCCUCAGUGAAUGCAAUUAAGAAUGUUCAAAAGUGUCUAUGUGAGAAUUUUGCUAUGAAGGACCUAGGAGAUGCUAAGAGAAUCUUAGGGAUUGAUAUCAUUAGGGAUAGGAGUAGAUGUACCCUUACCCUUAAUCAGGUCUCCUACCUUGAUAAGGUUCUGAAAAAAUUUAACAUGAAUUCUGCCCUACCUGUUAAUGUGCCUCUAGCUCCUCAUUUUGUCCUAAGUAAGGAUCAGUCUCCUAAGACUGGCCCUGAAACCGAUAUGAUGAAGUCUGUACCCUAUUCCAAUGCAAUAGGGUCGGUUAUGUAUCUCAUGGUAAGCACCAGGCCUGAUAUUGCCUAUGCAGUCAGCUGCUUAAGCAGAUAUAUGGCCAACCCUGGGAUGCCUCAUUGGAAUGCCCUGAAAUGGUUGCUUAGGUACCUUAAGGGUACCACCUCUCAUGGUCUUGUGUUUUCUAAAUCUGAUUCUGGUAUUUGUCUUACUGGCUAUGUUGAUUCCAAUUAUGCAAAUGAUAGGGAUAAUAGGAAGUCUACUACUUCUUAUAUUUUUACUUUGUGUGGUUCUUGCAUAAGUUGGAAAUCCCAACUUCAGCCUAUUGUUGCACUUUCUACUACUGAAUCUGAAUACGUUGCAGCAACUGAGGCCUUUAAAGAGGCUAUCUGGCUGAAACGUAUUCUAUCUGAAAUUGGUUUUCUUAGACAGGUUGUAACUGUGUACUCUGACAGCCAGUCUGCUAUACAAUUAUGCAAAAACCCAGUAUUUCAUGACAGGACCAAGCACAUUGAUGUCAGGUUCCACUUCAUCAGGGACAUUGUCGAUAAAGGAGGGAUUAAGCUAUGCAAAAUAGCUUCUGAAUUCAACCCUGCUGAUAUGGGGACUAAAUGUCUCACUUUUGAAAAACUGUUUUCUUGUAAACGUAUUCUUAAUUUAGAUUGUGGCUGAUAAGAACAGAUUAAAACAAGAAAAACCGGCAAUGAUGAUACUCCCAUUCACAUUUUGCUCUACACCACCAUGGGGACCAAUAAGGUGGAGAUUGUGAGUUGGUAUUGGUCCACCUCUGUUGUACUUGGCUCGCCUCAUUAAUAUGUUGGUCUCCUAAUUAAUGAGUCUGGCCCAACUCCUUUGCCUACCCGACCAAGCCCAUUCGUCUCCCCUUGUCUUUAUCCAGCCCAUGACUCAUUGUGGCCCUUCUCUUAUAUUGUCCCGUUCCUUCUGGAAUUUCCUAUUUGUG